CAUGUAAAAGGGCACUCCAGUUAGUUUGCGAUCCACCUCCAGUACAUUGUUUGAGGCUCAACAGCUGCAUCAUGUCACGAGUGGAGGCCCUGGCAGACCCGCGACUUGGCUCGCUCUUGAAGGGUCUUCGUACGGAUAUCGCCAUGGCAGUGCACGACGCCUUCCCUCUGGUUCACGGCUUGGCCGACAAGAACGUCAUCAGUGAGCAGAUGCUGAAGGACACGGUGGCGCAGGAGGCCCGAGACGGGAUCCACAAGGCCAUAUACUCGCUGAUCUCGUGGGUAAUGGAACAGAGUGCCUCCACCAUGCAAGCCUUCUGGAGGAACCUGAACAAGACCUACAACCUGGACAGUUACCCCAAACUGCGAGCACUACUCGCUCCCCACAUUGCCUCAAGCCGCGUCGCGUCUCCCCAAGGCAAGAAGAAUCGCGGCAAAAAGAGGAGCCACAAGGACAGGGAAGAUCAAUAUCGCACCACGACUUGCGACGGGACUGCAGCGGGUAAAUUCAAGUUAUGCAAAGUGAAGAGUGAAGCUCCUCCCCAGCAAGCCGCGUGUGGCACAAUGUCGGUCCCCACAGAAGGACGACUUCCCUCAUCGUCAUCUGCUCGCGCCGCCACUGAGCUGUCAGUCAAAAGUGGAUCUUCCAGAGAUGAGGUUUUCCACUCAGAUGGCAAGUCCGCAUGUUGGCAACAUACUAAAACCCUCAAAGACCAAGUUCCCUGGUGUCUUUUUUUGACAUAUCUGCAUCAUGCCUUAAAAUACUGCAAGGAUCAAGAAUUACUCUUGAUACUCUCUUUCUUGUCUUGCUGAAAUUAGCCUUUUUUUGAGCCAAUAGCAAGCAUGGAUUUUGUUACCACCCAAAGUGCACCCCAAAUUUUAUAAAGCAAAUGAUAGCAUGGCUUGUGUUUUCCCUUGUGGAGGCAGCACUUCAUUUCCAAAAUGCCCCCUGAUGUACACCUUGUCAAAAAUUUCUCAAAAAAGAGGCGUCACGGGCUCAAAGCUUGAU